ACAGCAGACGUUUACAGGGGAGAGAAAGUUCGAAAAGAAAAGGAGAAAGUCUUUUAAUCUACUCUAAUAUCAAAAAGUUCAAAGCGGUGUGUGAUUCUGCUCUUUAGAAGUGUUGACGGGAGACGCAAGCGCCUGCGCGAAAAAAAAUAGAAAUCUUCGACACCCCUUCUCGAUUCUACUCUUUCGUACUCGGUGCCAAAACGAACUGUUGCACCCUUCUAAGCGGGUGGUUGCAGUAGUUACAGACGAUAACGAAGAAGGGGCGGACUGUUCAGGAAGUGAUAAUAUUGGCGCAACUAUUUUGUUGUGUUGAUAACUGUAAUUUUUUCAGGUCGAUUUAUUUAAUAGGUCAUGAUCUACAUAUGGGUGACGAUUUUCUUAUCAUAACAGUUAGAAAUAAAAGUAUCUCUAUCAUGCCAAGCAAUGUCUAGAACAUAAUACAGGAAUGAUCAGUAAACCAAAGAAAAUGGUAACACAGAUAAACCAAAAAUAAAGAACACAUCAGAGGAACCAAUAAAACAGUUAUAGUUCAUAAGUAUUACAAAAGAUUCCAAGAGGCCAGAAUGUGAUAUUUUUAAUCAUCAUUUUUAUUGUGCGAGACUUAUUAUAACUUGCCUGUUUUUCCAGGAUAUUUAGUUUUUCUGGUCUGGUUAAAAAGAAAUAAAGAUUAUUUAUUUCAAGAACAGUUAAGCAGAAAUAGAAAACAUGUCGCUAAACGACACUUUAUGCGAAGAAGAUCUUCAAUCAUUUAAGAAUAUGCCGCUACCAAGUUAUGAGAACCAUACAUACUUUCGAGAACCAUACAUCUUCAAGACGUUGAUUGUCACGGACUAUUUUAAGAUUGUAGCUUACGUAUUUAUUAUCUUGGGCGGAAUACUUGGAAACAUUAGUAUCAUUCUGACUGUUGCUCUAAAUAGAUCUAUGCGGACAACUAUAAACUAUUAUGUUGCAAACUUGGCUGUUGCAGAUGCACUGAUAUGCAUAUUUUGCAUGGGACCUCAUUUUAUUAACACUCUUACAUAUCCAGUAUUUGCUCUUGGUGAAUUCAUGUGCAAGUUCAAUCCUUUUACUCAAAUGGUGUGUUUGACCACCAGCGUCUUAACACUUUCUGCAAUUUCAUGUGACCGAUUUGUUGCGAUCAUGUUUCCUCUUCAUGUAAGAAUCACGAAGCAACGCACAUCUAAUGUAAUGGCAAUAAUCUGGAUAAUAUCAUCAGUUGUUUCAAUUCCAUUCCUCAUUGUUAAACAACACAAUGUAUUCGAGUUCCAAAACUUUAUGGAGUCAAGAUGCAGUGAAAGAUGGCCACUCGCUACAUACUACAGUAAAGAUACAGGGGCUUGUGAAGUAUAUUAUAAGUACCAGUUUUCUUAUUAUUUAACUGUGAGCAUAACCUUGUAUUUUUUGCCGGUAUUUCUUAUGAUAACAGCAUAUUCGUUGAUACUCUGGAAAUUGUGGAUAUCUGAAGUUCCGGGGGAACGCAACACUCAGAACAUUAAUGUACAAUAUAGAGCUCGAAAAAAAGUGAUCAAAAUGGUGUUUGUGGUUCUCCUAGCUUUCAUUAUGUGCUGGACUCCGUUUGAGGCUCUUGUCUUACUUCAAACAUUUCCCGAACAAUUUCAGGCUUUCAUACAUUACAUGAAUAACUACUUUGCAAUCUCAGUCCCAGUGGAAGAAAAUGAGAAGCAUAUAAGUUUUAAUAAGGAGCCAGAAUGGUUGGAAAAUUUUAAAUGGCUCGCAUACUUCUUUGCUUAUGCAAAUAGUUUUAUUAAUCCUAUAAUUUAUGGUGGUUUCAACAAGACAUUUAGAGAUGGUUUUUGUCUUGUUCUAAAAUGUGGAUUUCGAAGAAAUGGAUUUAACAGACCUCCUCGAUCAAGGAUGACAUUCACAACUGGCGUUACAUCUAGUCCUUCAAGAUUUACAUCAAGAAUCAUCAAUGGUGCCAACAAGACUUCUAGUCAGAAAUCGAUGGAUGUUGAGAUGAAGCAAGUGUGCAAUCCAGACACAAAUGAUUUCACUACCGUGAAAAAAGAACUUUGCGUCACAAUAACCGAGGAGAAGCAAUGAUAAUAUCAUCAAAAGAUAUCUCUCUUGUCUGCUCUCUUGAAUCAUGAUACCAAAAUCGAUGAUAAAGAAGUCAUUUUCUGGAAACAUUCCAAUAAAGUCAUACAAUUAAUUUGUAUUCUCAUGAAAAGUUGGAGAAAAGUUACGCAAAGAAUUUGUCUUUCAUGUUUAAAGGCAUCCGUUUUUUUCCGAGUUCAGCAAAAGACUUUUAAAACCUAUUCUUUUUUGUACGAAACAUACACUGAUCAUGCACAGAAUGACCUGAUACAGAACUACAAAAAUCACUAAACUCCGAUAAUUAAUAAUAACUGAAGGAUUUUUAUCUUAAUUCGUUAAUCCUUAGAUAUACGGGUUGCUCACCUGAUGAAAUAUCUAAGAAAUAGUCUUUGUUUUUCUUUUGAAAAAAAAAAUAACUUUUAAACUUAUAACUUUUACCAAACCAAGCCAACUUUUUUAUGUUAAGCUAAAAGUCAUUAAAUAUUCUAUAAUUUUAACUGCAUGGAUUGUGAAGUAAAUUAAAUUAAUUUUAGAGAAUGAAGUGCAGAAAAGGGAGAAAUAUUUAUUUCAUUUUGUAAUAAUAAAAAAUUAGUUUCAACUAACCAAUUCAACAUAACAUAGUUGUUAAAAGAUGCCAAUAAACAUAAUUAAUAUGUGGAUGAGCAUUUAUGUCAGUAGAACACCUUUAUAAAGACUUAAAUAUAGAUAUCAAAAAAUAAUUCAAGAUCAUAUUCUGUAGAAUAUCUGGGGAUAUAUCAUGAUUGUUAUUAAAUACUGAUUCAAAAAGUAUUGUAAUAAGUAUUAUCAACAAAAACCCUAAUUAUCCAAAAUCCCUAAAUAUCUAAAAUCCAUAAAUAUCCGAAAUCCAUAAAUAUCCAAAAUCCAUAAAUAUCCAAAAUCCAUAAAUAUCCAAAAUCCAUAAAUAUUCAAAAUCCCUAAAUAUUCAAAAUCCCUAAUCCAAAAUACUUAAUUUCUAAAGUUUUGUAAAAUGCUUGAAGAUUAUUCUUGAAGAUUAUUCGAUUAUUCUUUUAAUUAAAAAGUAAUAUUUUUAAAGAAAUGUUUUUUUUGAGGUUUUAUAAGUCAAGUUUUGUUACUAAAUGUAGAAAUAGUUAGAGAUUUAAUCAUUUGUAAGUAAAAAGAAUUUAAUCAAGCAAAUUUCCCAAUUUCCAUUCAUAAUUUCCAAAACUAAAUUAAAGAAACAAAGAAAAAAUUAUUUAAAACAUUAUAUUUCUUGUUUAAAAAAGUUUAAAAUAUUUAUUUAAAGAUACAGGCUCUAUAUAUUAAUAGCUCUAAUCGAGCAAUAUUUACAAGUAGCUGUAUCAAAGCAAUAUCUUUUAAAGUCGCUCAUGGACAAAAAAUUAUGCUAGUAAAUGCAUAUUACUUUAUAUUCUCUGAAGUGAGUAAUAAUUAUUAAAAAAAACAAUCUGGUAUUACAUUUUUAUUUAUUAUUUUUUUGCUUCUAUGCAUUGACUGCUUAUGUACAUAAUGAAUGUUAAUUUUAAAUUCAUGUAUAUAAGUAUAAAUUAAAAUGUUGUUUGGUAAAAGGAAUAAACUUAAGAAUUCAUUUUCCCCGAAAUUAAAAUAAGCCCUACAAUUUUUAAACUUUUAAUUCAUAUUUCUAGAGUAAAUUAAAUCCGCACAACCACCGCAGUAGCUUUACAAUAUCUCUCUAUAAAACUGAUGAAUUUUGAGUCUGUACGGUUUCUUCCUUUUUCCAAACAAUUGAGUUUAUAUGUAUGAGCUUUCUAGAAAUUGUUAUAUUAUAUUAGUAUUAUUGUUACAUGUUGAUUGUUAAUGUCGUUAAAGGAUGUACUUAAACAGUUAUGUCCUUUGUACUCGUAAUAUCAUCUUAAGAUACAUUUGUAGAUUCAUUAUGUCAAACUUCAUGCACAUUACAAGUACAAUUAUGUAGAAAGUUUUUCAUUUAAAAUUUAGUAGUUUUCAUUUUUAUUUUUAGAGCUCUUGCUUCUUUCAUUAUCUAAUUGUAAUAAAGUUAGUUAUAAAGUGAGUGAAUAUCAAAUGCACUUUAUUCACUUUAAAUAUUUUAUAAAUUGAUAUGUUUACCAAUGUUUAUACGAUUCAUUAAAUUCAAAAAGUCAUAAAUGUCAUGUAUGAUGUACUUUAAAACUGUCUACGUAAAUAUUCUUUAUCUUAUUCAAUAAAAUAGGGAAUUGUAAUUAUAUCAGUUUAAAUUUAAUUCUUUUCAUUCGUUUAAAGUUUUAAAUUAUGACUAAAUUAAGAAGCAAUAUCCAUUAAACACAAAACCUUUUUGUUGAAAAAACAAUGCAAGAGCUGUUUAUUUCCUAGAGCAUUAAGUAGCAUAGGUAUGGUGUAUUAUAUAUAAUUUAUAAGCUAUUAUUAAGCUAUAAUUGUAUUUACCGUUGAUGUAACUAUAUGAAAUAUGUAUUCAUGUUUUUCUAAAUAAAAUUUCAAAAGGA